AAAGAAAACGAUCGUGUAUGUUGGAGGAGUGUUUCCCGUGUUCUUGGCAAUAAAAGCGACAUUUGGUGUGUGUGUGGGGUUUUUGUUUUUUUCGGUUUCCCAACUCCCUUGCCGGCUGUUUGGAGUAUUUAAUAUUUUGGAAAAAGUUCUCACUGACAGUGUUGUGUUGCUGAAACUUUCCAAGUGAGCGUCUACGAGUCAGGUUUGUGGAAGACUGAGUCAAGAUGGCCCAGUGGGACCAGUUACAGCAGCUGGAGACCAGGUAUCUGGAGCAACUUUACCAUCUGUACAGCGACAGCUUCCCUAUGGAGCUACGACAGUUCCUUGCCCACUGGAUUGAGAGCCAGGACUGGGCUUAUGCUGCCAGUAAAGAGUCACAUGCUACUCUGGUGUUUCACAACCUGUUGGGAGAAAUCGACCAGCAGUAUAGCCGCUUCCUUCAGGAGAAUAAUGUACUAUAUCAACACAAUCUACGAAGAAUUAAACAGCAUCUCCAGAGCAAGUACUUGGAGAAGCCAAUGGAGAUUGCACGCAUUGUCGCUCGCUGUCUGUGGGAGGAGCAAAGGCUGUUGCAGACUGCCACCUCUGCUGCACAGGAUGGCCAGGCUGCACACUCUACUGGAACAGUGGUGACAGAGAAGCAGCAGAUGCUGGAGCACAACCUUCAAGACAUCAGAAAACGAGUGCAGGAUAUGGAGCAGAAGAUGAAAAUGCUCGAGAACCUUCAGGAUGACUUUGACUUUAAUUACAAGACCUUGAAAAGCCAAGGAGAACUGUCUCAGGACCUAAACGGAAAUAGCCAGGCAUCUGCUGCCAGACAGAAAAUGGCUCAGCUGGAGCACAUGCUCAGUGCCCUGGACCAGCUCAGGAGGCAAAUCGUGACAGAGAUGGGAGGAUUGCUAACCGCUAUGGAUUAUGUACAGAAGAACCUGACAGAUGACGAACUGGCAGAGUGGAAACGAAGACAGCAAAUUGCCUGUAUUGGAGGGCCACCCAACAUCUGCUUGGACCGCCUUGAAACCUGGAUCACCUCAUUAGCUGAGUCUCAGCUCCAAAUUCGUCAGCAGAUCAAAAAGCUGGAGGAAUUGCAGCAGAAGGUCUCUUACAAAGGAGACCCCAUCAUCCAGCACCGACCAGCCCUGGAGGAGAAAAUUGUGGACUUAUUCAGAAACCUUAUGAAGAGUGCGUUUGUGGUUGAAAGGCAGCCUUGCAUGCCCAUGCAUCCAGACAGACCGCUGGUCAUCAAAACAGGAGUGCAGUUCACAAAUAAAGUCCGGUUGCUGGUGAAAUUUCCUGAACUCAAUUACCAGCUGAAAAUUAAAGUUUACAUUGACAAAGAAUCUGGGGAUGUGGCGGCAAUUCGAGGAUCCAGAAAGUUUAACAUUCUUGGUACCAACACAAAAGUUAUGAAUAUGGAGGAAUCCAACAAUGGCAGCUUGUCAGCAGAGUUUAAACAUUUGACCCUGAAAGAGCAGAGGUGUGGUAAUGGGGGCAGGACCAAUAGUGAUGCAUCUUUGAUCGUCACAGAGGAGCUUCAUCUUAUCACUUUUGAGACAGAAGUGUAUCACCAAGGUCUGAAAAUUGACCUGGAGACUCACUCAUUGCCUGUGGUGGUCAUUUCGAACAUCUGCCAGAUGCCCAAUGCUUGGGCCUCCAUCCUGUGGUACAACAUGCUUACCAACCACCCAAAGAAUGUGAACUUCUUCACCAAGCCUCCAGUAGGCACAUGGGAUCAGGUAGCUGAGGUGCUAAGCUGGCAGUUCUCCUCCACCACCAAGAGAGGCCUAACCAUCGAACAGCUUACCACACUGGCUGAGAAAUUACUUGGGCCUUGUGUCAACUAUUCUGGCUGUCAGAUCACCUGGGCCAAGUUCUGUAAGGAAAACAUGGCCGGCAAAGGUUUUUCCUUUUGGGUGUGGCUCGACAACAUCAUUGACCUGGUGAAGAAGUUUAUCCUGGCACUGUGGAAUGAAGGGUAUAUCAUGGGCUUUAUCAGUAAGGAGAGGGAGAGGGCCAUUCUGAGCCCAAAACCUCCAGGAACCUUUUUGCUACGCUUCAGUGAGAGCAGCAAGGAAGGCGGCAUCACAUUCACAUGGGUAGAGAAGGAUAUCAGCGGAAAGACACAGAUCCAGUCAGUGGAACCAUACACCAAACAGCAGCUUAACAGCAUGUCCUUUGCUGACAUCAUCAUGGGCUACAAGAUUAUGGAUGCGACCAACAUUCUGGUGUCACCUCUUGUCUAUCUGUACCCUGAUAUUCCCAAAGAGGAGGCCUUUGGGAAAUACUGCAGGCCGGAAGCUGCUCCUGAGCCUGAGAUGGGAGGUGACUCAACAAGCACUAUUCAGCCAUAUUUGAAGACAAAGUUCAUCUGCGUUACCCCGUGUCCCUCCGUGUUCAUGGACUUGCCGGACAGUGAGCUGUUUGGGAACCGAUUCCCAGGCACAAACUCUGGAAACACCAGUGACCUGUUCCCAAUGUCACCACGUACACUGGACUCCCUGAUACACAAUGAACCAGACCAGAAUCCAGGACCUUUGGAUUCACUCACAUUGGACAUGGAUGUAGCAUCUCCUAUGUAAGGACACGUACAGGUCCUUUUUUUUCUUAAACAUCUCCUUCGGGGUUCCCACUUUAUGCUGUGGUUGAAGACUUGCAGGUUUUUCUCUGCCUACGCGCACAGUCUGCACUGUACAGUAUAUUUGUAAGAUGUUUCUUGAUGGUGAAUAUGUGAAAUCAGUGUCUUUCAUACAAAACUGAUAUUAAAAGCUUUUCUUCAGGAAAAAAAGGCAAAGCCAUUUAGCUCUGACAGUUAACCUGUAGCUUAUUGUGUAAAGCGUUGAUUGACUCAGUCAUGUUGUAUUUUAAGCAGAAUCCAACUCCCUCUACUUUAUAUUUUUCAGAUCAUUUUAUUUUUGUGCUAUUCUUUUUAAACCCUUUAACUCAGUUCUACGUUAAUGUGUUAACGCUGUGGACACUCUGUAUGUUGUUUCGUACAGUCAUUGUAAAUCAGUUGAUUUCACAGUUGAGAUUCACUUGUAAUUACUACCUUUUUGAAGGAUUUUUUCUUUUUAAAGCUGUAAUGCCAAAUGAGAUGUGUUGUUAUGAAGGCUUGUGCUGUUUAAGCACAUUGUGAGGAAUUUAACAAUCCCAGCAUUGGGUAUGUUGAAAUGAUUUUAUGAAAUGAUUUUAGAACAGCCCAUGUUUCUGUCUCUAUUUAAAAGAUUUUCACGCCACAGUUUUUGUAUGUGUGUACAAAAGUGGUCUUGUUUCUGUUUUCAUUCUGCUAAUUGUCGUUCCUCUUUCCUGAUUCCGUUCCUACACCAAAAAUAUACAUACAUAUUGUAAACUUCAUACCAGACAAAGGGUUCCGAAUACUUCACUCUGACGUGUAGUUAUUUUUGACCCACGAUGGUAUGGUUGACAUAUCGUUCACACAGACAUGAUCAUAAAACACAUUUGCUUACAGUGUUUUUUUUUCUCUUCCCUGUAAUCAGUUUUGUUCUCAUCUGUCUUUGUUUUGUAAAUGGUUGUGUGAUGUAACUUAGGUGCUUUGAAGCUUUUUUGUUAGAUACGCCACCCUGAAAUAUUGUCAUUUGUUUCAUCUAAUGCACAUCCUGUUUGAAAUUUGUGAUGUAAUUUCAUUUUUUUUUAGCCUCCUCUCCAUUGUAUGAGCAAUUCUAGGCCAAAUUUCUUCUAUAAAAUAUUCCUUCCUUAUGUUACCUAAACAUAUUUAAUGCUGAGAAAAAGUAGACAGUUUAGUGUGAUUAGUAAAGUAAUUCUGUCUGGAUAUAAUCAAUUCAUGCUAUGUAGACCAUACAUCUGUCUCUCACCAUGAAAUACUUUUCUUUGAUUUCACUGUACAUCGUGUCAGAUUUUCUGUAAAAUAUGUUGUAUCUAUUAUUUGAAUGAAAUAAAUAAAAAGCUAGCACUAAAGGUAGA